CCCAUCUGCUCAGUGUGUGGGCUGAGCAUCGAGGGGCUGAGCUUCGGUGGAGGACCACAUGGCGGAGCACAACAAGCAGAAGCGUUAUGUGAGUGACGUGUGUGGCAAGGCCUGGCAGCUCCCUAGCCUGCUGGAGAUCCACCGGCGGGUGCACAUGGGAGAACGCCCCUUCGACUGCUCGGAGUGUGGCAAGAACUUCACCCGCUACGACAGACUGCUGCGGCACAACCACGUGCACUCCAGCGAGAGGCCCUUCACCUGCUCCGAUUGCAGCAAUAGCUUCAAGACGACGCAUGACCUGAAGUCCCACCAGCGAAUACACACGCGCGAGAAGCCCUAUGGCUGCUCCACCUGUGGCGAGAGCUUUGCCUGGUUGUCGGGGCUACAUCGGCACCGGCGGACUCACAGCAGUGAGCGGCCCUUCACCUGCACCGACUGCUGCAAAGGCUUCAAGUCGUCCACGGACCUGAAGAUGCACAGGCGUCUGCACACCGGGGAGCGGCCCUACAGCUGCAGUGACUGCGGCAAGGGCUUCACCUGCUCCAACGACCGGCUGGUGCACCAGCGCACCCACACCGGCGAGCGCCCCUUCAUCUGCGCCGAGUGCGGCAAGCGCUUCAUAUGCUCCACCAGGCUGCUGUCCCACAAACAGGAGCACUCCGGCGAGAAGCCCUUUAGCUGCCCCGACUGUGGCAAGGGUUUCAAGGGGGCGAAAGAGCUGAAGAACCACCGGUGGGUGCACACGGGCGAGAAGGCCUUUGGCUGCUCCACCUGUGGCAAGAGCUUUGCCUGGGUGUCGGCACUACAACGGCACCGGCGGGUGCACAGCAGUGAGCUGUCCUUCACCUGUUCCGACUGUGGCAAAGGCUUCUAGUCAUCUAUCAACCUGAAGGGGCACAGGUGCCUGCACACCGGGGAGCGGCCCUACACCUGCAGUGACUCCGGCCCUACACAUGCAGCGACUCCGGCACC